AGAGAUGAUUUUUUCGAGUUAAUCGAUUCGUCUGAUGGACAUGUAAUUCAAUUAUAUGUUUAUAAUUCUCAAUUGGAUUCAUGUCGUGAAGUACACCUCAAACCUGAUUCCAAUUGGGGUGGAAAUGGUUUACUUGGUUGUGAUAUUGGUUAUGGUUAUCUUCAUCGUAUUCCAACAGCUGCAUUAGCAUCACCGGAAUCUUCUUCACAAUUAUCGAAUAAUGUAUCAAAUCAUCCACGGGAAUCAAUGAAACCAUCAACCAAUGGUGAGUCAAAGCUACCGCCUGUAUCAGUAUCAUCAAAUGAAAUUACCAAUGGAGUUGCUCCUCCUAGUUAUCCUCCACCUGCAUAUACAUCAAACAAUACACAAUGGAAUAAUGCAUUUGCUGAGGUUCCUCUAGUUUCUUCAUCAAUGCAACCUGCGCCAUCACUUCCGCCGGCGCCACUACCAGCUACUUAUCCAACUCAAGUCCCAAUCAAUCCAGUAGAUCAUUCUGAUCAUGCUUACACUUCUGUUUCACCUUCAGCAUUUACACAAAAUUCAACUAUUGCGCCUCCUGCACCUCUUCCACCUGGAUUAACAAAUAUGUUUAGUAUGCCGUCACAAAAUUCUCCAUCUGUUGUCGGUGGUGGUGUUCCUGUCUGCCCGUCAGAUGCACCAUUGAUUUCUUUUGAAUCGACAAAAAAUGUUGUUAAUACUCCCCAAUAUUCACAAUUUAAUAUACCACAUAUGUCAAGUGCUCAAUAUUUUCAUCCUAUCACUGAUAAUCUACCUACGUCCAGAGUAAUCACAUUGCCCGGAAUGCCUCCAUUGGAUGUGAAAAUGCCUCCACUAGAAAGUCUCAAUCUUUCUACAAAUCAAAGUUCGUAA